AUGAUCAAGAAACUGAAGAGGAGACGGACUAUUCUUCAUCACGUACAAAAAGAUGACAAGAAGAGCAUAAAGUGGUGCCCUAGCAUUCCUCAUUGUGGGAACCUGAUUAGCGUGGACGAUGGCGAUGAAUACCGCGAGGUUGAAUGCGCUUGCGGGAAAGAAUUCUGUUUUAGCUGCACACUAGAAGCGCAUUUGCCAUGCUCGUGUUUGAUGUGGGCGAGCUGGUCCAAAAAGUUUCGGGAUGAAUCCGAGAAUGUAAACUGGAUCACCGCUAACACAAAGUCUUGCCCUAAUUGUCAUAAACCUGUGCAAAAGAAGGGAGGAUGCAACCAUGUUACAUGUCAUUGUGGACAUUGUUUCUGUUGGCUUUGUGGUGAAGCCAACGGUGGAUCACACACGAUUCGUCGCAUCAGAGAUCAUACUUGUGGAAGUUACAAGGAAGAUGAUAAGACGAAAAUAGAGAAGGCGAAAAGGGAAAUUUUUCAGUGUACUCACUACUAUAAUCGAUACAAAGCCCACAGGGACUCGUUAAAGCUUGAAACCGAGUUGAAGAAUAGGGUACAAGAAAAAAUUGCGAUCUUGGAAGCUAAAAAGAAAAUAACUUCAUCAAAUGACUUAGGUUGGGCGAAAGAUGGCUUCAGCAGACUUUUUAGAUCUAGGAAGAUCAUAUCGUAUUUGUAUCCUUUCGCCUUUUACCUGUUUGGUAAUAACCUUUUCAAGGAUGGAUGGAUGAAGAAACAAAGGGAGCUAAAACAGAACCUUUUCAAGGAGCAGCAACAGCAGCUUGAAGCAAUGACGGAGAGGCUCUCGUUGUUUUUGGAAGAGCCUUUCGUCGGUUAUUCGGGUGAUAAACUUUCAGAGAUAAGGAGAAAGAUCAUUGAUCUCUCUGAGGCUACUGAUAACUACUGCAGAAGAUUGUAUGAUUGCAUAGAAAACGAUCUGAUUGGGACAAUUCAGAUAGCUCCAUAUAGGUCUAUUGGUCUGGAGAAAGCUUCAGAACCCUAA